GUUAAAUAUAACCCGCUGUGUUGCUGCUGCAGCUGUUGAGCACAUCUGGUCAUCUGAGUGUCACUCCGUCACUUGUCUUUAGUCAACUUGUGUCUGUCUUGUCCCCGUGAGACAACCGGAAGUCACCGUUUAUUGUUGAAUAUCUGAACAUACAGUCAAUCAGUGUCUGACUGAAGGUCGCCAUUGAAUCCUUCCGUAAGGGAUAUUUCCCACAGCGCCUGAACGCACCAUCGAAAGCCCUCGGUGACCGAGCCAGAGCGUCGUCUCGCUUCCCGUCGCAGGACAGAAAGGUGUGGACACAAAAACACGGCUCUCCGCGGAGGGAUACACGGACGCGGCGGCGUUUUGGGAAUGCUGUCUCACUCCGAACACCUCCGUGCCGGCGGGAGACAUGGAGACUCCGGGGAGGAUAGCGGCGACACCGGCAGCCCUGGACUUCACGGUGGAAAACGUUGGAGAAGGCCCUCCACCAGUUGUACUACGAUCCCAAUAUAGAAAACAAGAAUCUGGCCCAGAAAUGGCUCAUGCAGGCUCAGGUCUCGCCCCAGGCCUGGCAGUUCUGCUGGUCCCUACUGAGCCCAGAUAAGGUGCCGGAGAUCCAGUACUUUGGCGCGAGCGCGCUGCACACCAAGAUCUCCCGCUACUGGUCCGACAUCCCCACGGACCAGUACGAGUCCCUGAAGACCCAGCUGUUCUCCCAGAUCGCCUGCUUCUCCACCGGCUCCAAGAUGGUCCUCACCCGGCUGUGCGUGGCCCUGGCCUCUCUGGCGCUCAACACCAUGCCCGAGGCCUGGCCCGGCGCCGUGGCCGAGAUGGUGCGCGUGUUCCAGGAGGAGGGGGGAGGGGUGGACGGGCGGGCGCGCUGCCUGGCGCUGCUGGAGCUGCUCACCGUCCUGCCCGAGGAGUUCCAGACCAGCCGCCUGCCGCAGUACAGAAAAGGACAGGUUCGGGGCGCCCUGGGCCGGGAGUGGGGGUCGGUGUGCCCCUUGCUGCAGCAGCUGCUGCGGCAAACGGACAGCCCCGGGGCGGUGAAGGCUCGUGUGCUGCGCUGCCUGUCGUCCUGGGUGCUGCUGGACGUGCCCCUCAACGAGAGCGAAGACCUGGUGCACGACUGCUUCAGCGCGCUGCCCGACCCGGAGCUCUUCGACACGGCGGUGGAGGCCGUGGUCAACGCCAUCUCGCAGCCCGACUCCCAAAGAUACGUGAACACUUUGCUGAAGCUGGUUCCUCAAGUGCUGGCCCUCCAGGAGCAGCUCAGAGAGGCGGUUCAGAACGGAGACAUGGAGACCUGCCACGGUAUCUGCCGUAUCGCCGUUACACUGGGAGAAAACCACUCCAGGACUCUGUUGGAGCAGGUGGAUCACUGGCAGAGCUUCCUGGCUUUAGUCAACAUGAUCAUGUUCUGUACAGGCAUCCCCGGCCACUACCCCGUCAACGAGACCACCAGCUCGCUCACACUCACCUUCUGGUACACGCUACAAGAUGAAAUAAUGUCAUUCGAGUCGGAUAAGCAGGCGGUGUACCUGCAGGUCUACAGGCCGGUGUAUUUCCAGCUGGUGGAUGUCCUGCUACACAAAGCCCAGUUCCCCACCGACCAGGAGUACGCAUCCUGGUCCUCCGAUGAGAAGGAGCAAUUCAGGAUCUACAGGGUGGACAUCUCAGACACGCUCAUGUACGUGUACGAGAUGCUGGGGGCGGAGCUGCUGAGUAACCUGUACGAUAAACUAGGGCGACUGUUGACUAAUGCCGAACAGCCCACGUCAUGGCAGCACACCGAAGCCUUACUGUACGGCUUCCAGUCCAUAGCGGAGACGAUAGACGUGAAUUACUCCGACGUCAUCCCCGGCCUGAUCGGACUCAUCCCCAGAAUCAGCAUCAACAACGUCCAGCUGGCGGACACGGUGAUGUUCACUAUAGGCGCUUUGGCUGAAUGGUUGGCGGACCACCCAGUGAUGCUCAGCAGCGUCCUGCCCUUGGUGCUGCAGGCGUUGGGGAACCCGGACCUUUCCGUUUCUUCUGUCUCUACGCUCAAGAAGAUUUGUAGGGAAUGCAAAUACGACCUGCCGCCCUACGCAACCAACAUAGUAGCUGUCUCUCAGGAGGUGCUCAUUAAGCAGAUUCACAAGACGAGUCAGUGCAUGUGGCUGAUGCAGGCGCUCGGCUUCCUGCUCUCCGCUCUCCCCGUGGAAGACAUCUUGAGAAACCUUCACUCCCUCAUCACCCCUUACAUUCAGCAACUGGAGAAGCUGGCGGAUGAGACGCCCAAUCCCUCCAAUAAAUUAGCGAUCAUCCACAUCUUGGGGCUGCUGUCCAACCUCUUCACCACGCUCGACAUCAGCAAGCAGGACGACGAGUCGGCGGACGGCUCGGCGCCACCUGUGAAGACGGCCCCGCCUCCACCUGGACCGAACCCAGUGGUGGUGGUCUUGCAGCAAGUGUUCGCGCUCAUUCAGACUGUGCUCAGCAAGUGGCUCAACGACUCGCAGGUCGUCGAGGCGGUGUGCGCCAUCUUCGAGAAGUCGGUGAAGACUCUGCUCCACGACUUUGCUCCCAUGGUGUCGCAGCUCAGCGAGAUGCUCGGGCAGAUGUACAGUACGAUUCCCCAGGCCUCGGCCCUCGACCUCACGCGACAGAUGGUGCAUAUCUUCGCCAGUCAGACGGACCACUUCCCACCCAUCAAGGCUCUGUUUGAGCUGGUUACCUCGGUAACGCUGUCCAUCUUCCAGCAAGGACCCAGGGAUCAUCCUGAUAUUGUUGAUUCAUUUAUGCAACUCCAAGCUCAGGCCCUCAAACGGAAGCCCGAUCUGUUCCUGUCCGAGAGUCUUGACGUGAAGGCAGUGUUCCACUGUGGAGUUCUGUCACUCAAAUUUCCCGAGGCUCCGACAGUCAAGUCGACGUGCUUGUUCUUUACUGAACUGUUACCCCACUGCUCGGACGUGCCUCCGCUGGCCCGAGUGGUGCAGGAGGACGGCAAACUGUUGAUGCAAGCCGUGCUGGAGGGCAUUGGGGGCGGGGCCUCUCGGUGCCUGAUGGACCAGUUUGCAGAAGUGCUCUUCUCCCUGAACAAGCACUGCUUCUCUCUGCUCGCCAUGUGGCUGAAGGAGGCGCUGCAGCCUCCCGGGUUCCCGUCAUCGCGGGUCACCACUAUCCAGAAAGACACGUUCUCGCAUCAGAUACUCAGAGAACGAGUGAACAAGAGGAGGGUGAAGGAAAUCGUGAAGGAGUUCACACUGCUGUGCAGAGGGCUCCAUGGGACGGAGUACGCCGCCGAUUACUGAAAACCCUUUGAACACUCGCCCCGACCGUGACCUCUGACCUCUGGCGGCGGCGCGCGGCGGGGGACGCCACACACGGCGACGCAGUUCUCACAACAACAACAACAACAACAACAACAACAAACACAAAAAAACAUCAGCGAAGACGUCAUGAAAUGAUUGUAAUGAUAAGUCCCGCCUCCCGCCGCAGGCCCCGGGACAAGGAACCGGUUCCAGACCCGCCAAGCGGAUUAAUGGACAAACAUUAAAAACCCCCGGUGGCUUUUCUGGGAGUCUGUCUCUCUCUCUCUCUCUCUCUCUCUCUCUCUCUCUCUCUCUCUCUCUCUCUCCGAGCAGCACUCCUUCUAUCUCUGUCUCGUUCUGCCUUCUCUAGAUCUUCCUGUGGUUCCCCCUAGGUUGUUUCCUGGUGAUUUAGCAUCCGUAUGAAAUGGUAGUGGUAUCGUCCGUAGCUAUAAUUGACAUUUAUUUUUCAGAAAAUAAAUCAAAUGAAUUAUAUAAAUGUAUAGGUAUAUAUACAUAUAUAAAGACGGGGGGGGGUCGUCAGUCCUGCUGCUGCUAACGGGAAGAGAGAAGGACCAAUGAGGGGAUUCUGACAGUAAUACAACAAUGGGUUACUCUAAGCCACGCCCCCUGUGAUCUCUGCAUUUGCCAAAUUGUUAUGACAUUUUUUGUGAUUUGUCCUUUUUUAUUUUGUGUGUCUAUUUGGGGGGGGGGGGGGUUAUGAGCCACACAACUGGACUAAAAACAGGUUUCUCUCUUGACCAGCUGCGUGCAUUCUCUCUUCUGACCACCAGGGGUGACUCCUCUGGUUGAGGCCUGUACCUCAUGUACACACUGCAGCCUCCUUGGAUCGGAGAGAGCCUCUUAUGCAUUGGUCCCUACAGUAAAGCAGGACUGCCUGGAGUGAAGGCUAGAAGAGGGGGGGGUUGGGGGGGGGGGGUUAUAGUAGCUGGUGGUGAGAAAGAGGCACACGAUGCAAACCGAGAAGGGAACCAAGUGUUCGGAGGGACGAAUAAUCCUGUCGACGGACGGCUUAGUCACUGUAAUCGUGCAAAAAUAUUAAUCAAAGUUGUGCAUAUUAACAGUUAUCGCUGAACA